AUGGAGGGACCCUUGAACCCAGGGGCGCCCAAUGGCAGCAUACGCACACCCAGUCCCUCACCUCCCUCGAUAGACCCCCAAAUCAUCGUCGACCACCUGGAAAAGGUGCUUGAUGUCAGUUUGGGAGCCUCGAAAGAGGAUUUGUUCGCUCCCGGUAGUCUGCUAUCAAGCGCUAAGCUACAGGACACGCUGCAACGAUGCGCUCGCUUUGCCUCCGAGGGGCAGUCAGCGCUGUACGUUGUGAAGGAUCGAGCAGACGAACUCCGCAUGGAUGGCAUGGAUGGCACAAACGGCAGGUACUAUUCUGACGAGGAAGGAGCGUCUAGACUGACAAAAGUAGCAGGGGCGACCCAGCGCUUUACUUAUACCAUUUCGACUGAGCUUACGGCUUCUCCUACUUGCGCAGCAUUUGUUGUUAUUUCGAAGCGACCGAUACCCAUAGACCCCGCGAUACCCCUUAGCCAGCAGGUCCUUAUUCAGACGCUGCCCGGUUUUAUACUUUCUAAUAACGCCUCUUCGCCCGACGGCACUCCCUAUGAGUUUCUUCGCUCCCUCAUUCAGUCUGCGGUCGAGCCGUACUUUGACACCUACACCAAGAGCCAACGCGAUCUGGCGGGGAAAUACAGUAAGGGCGAUAAUGAUGCUAGGACGGGUAUUUCAGCGACAAGGAAGAAGAUUGCAGAACUGGCAGUCAGUUUCAGCAAUCUGGAGCAGAACGUGGAGAUUCCGGAGCUGCUUUUGCCUCUCCACCCGCUCAUUCAGAGUGCGUUGGAUGAUGCUAGCCAGCGUGGCGUGAAGCCCUCUCCGGAGCUCAUUCCUGCUGCAAUCGUACAAGACAGCAGCUUUCUCAACGGACUGCAAUCGACAGUCAAUGGAUGGAUCAAAUCGAUACAGACAAUCACUAAAACAUCUCGAGAUGUGUCGACUGGAACUGCGGCGCAAGAGAUCAACUUCUGGAUUUCCAUGGAGUCAAGGCUGCAAGACAUUGAGACGCAGUUGGGUAGUCCCGGUGUUAGGCUCACUUUGGACGUGUUGAAGAAUGCGAAACGUUUCCAAGCGACUGUGAGCUUCAGCGCAGAUACGGGACUCAAGGAGAGCACAGAUCUGGUACAGAAGUACAACCAGCUCAUGCGCGAAUUUCCUCUCGACCAGCUGUUAUCUUCAACCUCGCUACAAGCAGUGCAGGAAGCCGUACAAUCCAUCUUCAGCCACAUGAACAAGAAGCUUCGGAUCUGCCCCUACCCCGUCCGCCGAGCGCUUCCUCUCGUUGAAGCUAUAUCCGGCGACCUCGACAAGCAACUCCACAAUCUCUUACAUGGGAAAACACUUAUGCACAUGGAUUACCCCGAGUUCCAGGCCAUCAUGGCUGUAGCAGAGAGCAUUUGGCGUACGUGGGAGGAGAACGUCAAGGAGUUCACCAACGUUGCGCGUGAAGUGACUAGGCGAAGGAACGAGAAGUUUAUCCCGAUCAAGAUUGCGGCUAGGCAUAAAGAGACGGAGGAGCGUAUUCGCUACAUUACGACAUUCCGCAAGAACCACGAGCAGCUCCAGCGAACCAUCGUCAACGUCCUCGGCUCGCAAUCUUCUUUGUCCGAAAGUGCCCCAGCCAAGGAGGCGGUCAUCAUUGAAGAGAUUGGUGAUGUGGAUGCCGUAAAGGAAGUCAAGGAAGCUUACGAUGUCCUCAAAGAUGUCGAUGUGCUGGAUGUCUCACCUGAAGGCACACGCCUCUUCGAACAAGCAGAGCAAAAGUACAAUGAGCGUACUUCUCGUGUUGAGAACUCCAUCAUCGCUAGAUUGCGAGAUCGUCUUGGUACCGCCAAGACCGCCAGCGAGAUGUUCCGCGUCUUCUCCAAGUUCAACCCACUUUUCGUGCGACCAAAGAUUCGAGGCGCCAUCUCCGAAUACCAAACGCAGCUCAUCGAGAACGUCAAGCAGGAUAUCUUGGCACUUCAUGAGCGCUUCAAGCGUCAGUAUGGCAACUCUGAAGCCCAUGCCAUGGCGCAGCUCCGUGACUUUCCUCCAGUUUCUGGCGCUGUUAUCUGGGCUCGACAGAUUGAAACACAGCUGGAGAGCUACAUGGGUAAGGUCGAGGAUAUCCUGGGUAAGGACUGGGCGCUUCAUGCGGAAGGUCAGAAACUCCAGGCUGAGAGCAGCAUGUUCAAGAAGAAGCUCGACACCCGACCGAUCUUCGAGUCGUGGCUUCAAGAGGUGGCUAGGAGGAAACUCCAGAUCUCCGGACGUCUGUUCCUUGUCAACAGGAACCGUGCCGCAGGAAACAUCUUGGAGUUGAACGUCAACUUUGACGCGCAAGUUAUUGCCCUAUUCAAGGAAGUUCGGAACCUGACAUGGCGCGGCUACCAAGUACCCCACGGCAUCAACAACAUCUCGAAGGAGGCCAAGCGCGUGUACCCUUAUGCUGUUAGUCUCAUGGAAAGCGUCCGCACUUACACUCAGACCCUGCGCUCAAUCUCUGAGAUGGGUGGAGUCGCUCUUUUGCUCAACAACUACAUUAACGAGGUCCAAGCGCUGGUCGGCAAAGGUGUUCCUCUCAAGUGGGAGUCUUUUGUUCACGCCUACGACCUCCACGUCCGACAAUCCGGCUUUCCUGUGGGAGGUGGCAGCGUUCGUAGUGAGAGCAAACAUGUCCAGUUCGUCCGCGAUUUUGCAGCUACGACAUCACUGCUCCAGCUCAAGGUCGUAACACUUGUUAACAUCAACGCUGCCGUCGAGAAGUCGCUGAAGGAUCUGGAGACUUGCCCAUACACCAAGGAGGCCUUCCAACAGAACCUAGAGACCAUUCAGAAGUCCAUUGACCAGCUUAACCUCGAGAGCUACGCCAACCUUGCUUCUUGGGUAUCUGACAUGAAUGCGCGCAUUGAGUCCAUCUUAUUGGUUCGUCUCAGCCGAGCUAUCACUUUGUGGAUCGAAGUCUUCAACAAUGUGAAUGAAGAAGAUGGAAACCGUCGUCCAGUUAGUGAAGUAGUGUCGACAGAGGUACCUGAAGUCAAGCCGACUCUUGCACGAUUGACUCUUGAGAUCACUAUGCGGAACCAGGUGAUCUACCUCAGCCCGCCAGUGGAAUACGCUCGAGCAAGCUGGCUUGAGCAACUCCAGCAAUGGCUCGCCAUUAUCUGUACUCUUCAGAAGAUCAAGGCUUCACGAUACGAGAUCCGACUUGAAGCGACCAACGACACCUCUGUCAGCCAAUUCUCCGACCUGCCAAGCCGAUGCACUGAUUCAUUGAUCGAGGUGUACGGCGCCGUAGAGGGCAAACUUCGUGAUAUCUCAUCGUAUGUUGACGAGUGGCUCCAGUUCCAGUCUCUAUGGGAUCUUCAGUCCGACCAUGUCUAUGACAUCCUUGGCGAAGAUCUCUCCCGAUGGUUGCAGCUUCUUCAGGAGAUUCGCAAGACUCGCGCUACGUUCGACAACUCCGACAUUAGUCGCCAAUUCGGAUACGUCACUGUGGACUAUGAUCAAGUGCAGGUCAAAGUCAAUGCCAAGUACGACCAGUGGCAGCAAGAAAUCCUUACCAAAUUUGCUAGCAGGCUUGGUCAGCGCAUGAAUGACGUGUAUGUGCAGAUCGAGAAGGCGCGCAAGGACCUUGAGAUGCAGACACUAGAGGCCUCAUCAACUGCUCAGGCUGUCUCCUUCAUUACCACAGUGCAGCAAUGCAAGAGGAAGGUCCUUGAGUGGGAACCGGAGAUGUCCACAUUCCGUCAAGGUCAGGCGACUCUGGCGCGCCAGCGUUAUCAGUUCCCUUCCGACUGGCUGCAGAUGGAGCAGAUCGACCAUGAAUGGCAGACCCUGAACGAGGUCUUGGAGAGGAAGACCAAGAUUGCGAAUGACCAGGCGGACGCUUUGCGCGCUAAGAUCGCUGCAGAAGACAAGGUCGUCAACCAGAAGAUCGUGAACAUUACCGGAGAGUGGGCAGAAGACAAGCCUGUCGCAGGCAACCUGGCUCCAGCUGAUGCCUCAGCCAUCCUAACCAAAUUCGACCAGAAGCUCAGCCAGUUGCAGAAUGAGUCCAGCAAUAUCUCUAAAGCCAAGGAAGCACUUGGAUUGCCACCAUCGCCGGAGAACGCACUCGAGACGCUGCUGGAGGAAGUGCAAGACUUUAAGUCCGUCUGGUCUGCGCUUGGCACGAUCUGGGCCAGCAUCGACGACCUCCGUGAGGUAUUGUGGACCAGCAUUCAGCCUCGCAAGCUGCGACAGAAUCUUGACAACUUGCUCAAGAUGACCAAGGAUAUGCCUAGCCGGAUGCGACAAUACCAAGCUUUCGAAUAUGUCCAGACUACACUGAAGCAACUUCUCAAGGAGAACACGAUCCUCGCUGAGCUGCGUUCUGAUGCUGUCAAGGAACGCCAUUGGGUUAGGAUAUUCAAGAACUUGAGGCCGCACAAGCGAUACUCGGCCAUCUCCAUGACCCUAGGUGAUGUUUGGGAUCUCAAGCUUGGCCCUAGUGAGAAGAUCAUUCGAGAAGUCAUCACCCAGGCAGCCGGCGAGAUGGCACUUGAAGAGUUUCUCAAGCAGGUUCGCGAAACCUGGCAGAAUUACGCUUUGGAACUUGUCAACUACCAGAACAAAUGCCGCCUUAUUAGGGGAUGGGAUGACCUCUUCGCCAAGUGCAGCGAGAACCUCAACUCACUGCAGGCUAUGCGUCACUCGCCUUACUACAAGGAGUUUGAGGAGGAGGCAUCGUCCUGGGAGGAUAAGCUCAAUCGUGUGCACGUUCUGUUCGACGUAUGGAUCGACGUACAGCGCCAAUGGGUUUACCUCGAGGGUGUGUUUACCGGCAACGCUGACAUCAAGCACCUGCUCCCCAUGGAGUCUGCCCGUUUCCAGAACAUCAACUCCGAGUUCUUGUCCGUCAUGAAGAAGGUCUCGCGACAACCUUUCGUCCUCGAAGUCCUCAACAUCUCUGGCGUACAGAAGUCGCUGGAGCGCCUCGCUGAACUCUUGAACAAGAUUCAGAAGGCGCUCGGAGAAUACCUGGAGCGCGAGCGUGUAUCUUUCCCUCGCUUUUACUUCGUUGGUGAUGAGGAUCUGCUGGAGAUUAUUGGUAAUAGCAACGACGUUCUCCGUAUCGCUAAGCAUUUGCGGAAGAUGUUUGCUGGUGUCUCAGGACUUAUUACUGAUGAAGACGGAGUCAUUCAAGGUUUCACGUCCAAGGAAGGAGAAGAGGUUACGCUUCGCAAAGAGAUCUCACUCGUCAAGACGCCCAGAAUUAACGAGUGGCUUGGUGCAUUAGAGGCCAACAUGAAGACUACACUGGCUGAGUUGACUUUCGAAGCUUACGAAGAAUUUGCUCAACUCAUCGAACCAGAUGCGAUGGAUCCUCAGGCCUUCACCGAUUAUAUCGCCAAGUACCCAACCCAGGUGGUCGUCCUUGGAACGCAGAUUGCCUGGACACAUGCUGUGGAGAAGUCUCUGGCGGAAGAGGGCACGACCUUGCCUCAGUUGUACGAAAAGCAGGUCAACGUCUUGAAGCUACUUGCUACUGCCGUUCUGGGUGACCUUGAUCCCAUUCAACGCCGCAAAUGCGAGGACCUCAUCACUGAGUUCGUUCACCAGCGAGAUGUUAUCCAUAAGCUUGAGAAGGUCGGCGCGCGCUCGCCUACCCACCACAUGUGGCUACUGUGCAUGCGAUAUGUAUACGAGCCCGGCAAUGAUCUCCUGCAGCGACUGAGGAUCAAGAUGGCAAAUGCAGUCCUCGACUACGGCUUUGAGUACCUGGGUGUUGCUGACCGCCUCGUACGCACACCUCUUACUGACCGCUGCUUCCUCACCCUUACCCAGGCGCUCUGCCAACGACUUGGUGGUUCACCAUAUGGUCCCGCUGGUACUGGUAAGACUGAAUCCGUCAAAGCUCUCGGUGUACAGCUUGGACGAUUUACCCUUGUCUUCUGUUGUGACGACACAUUCGACUUCCAGGCUAUGGGUCGCAUCUUCCUCGGUAUCUGCCAGGUCGGAGCUUGGGGUUGUUUUGACGAGUUCAACCGUCUUGAAGAGCGUAUCCUCUCGGCCGUGUCCCAACAGAUCCAAAACAUUCAGUUGGGUCUCAAGAAGGGUGCUGAGGACGAGAAGUCUCAGAUCGAGCUCAUUGGUCGUCAAUUGAAGGUCAACGGCAACACUGGAGUCUUCAUUACCAUGAACCCUGGUUACGCGGGUCGAUCGAACUUGCCCGACAAUCUCAAGAAGCUCUUCCGAAGUGUUGCCAUGUCCAAGCCCGACAAGGAGCUCAUUGCGGAAGUCAUGCUUUACUCCCAGGGUUUCUCUCAGGCAAAGGAGCUAUCGAAACAGGUUGUACCAUUCUUCGACAGGUGCUCGGCGGGCCUUUCCAAGCAAGCUCACUACGAUUUCGGACUUCGUGCGCUGAAGAGUGUGCUCGUCAGCUCCGGUGGUCUGAAGCGAGCUCGUAUCGCCGCUCAACAAGACUCCCAGACCCUGGAUGAAGCGAGCAUGGAGCCUCAGAUCAUUAUCCAGAGUUUACGCGAGACUAUGGCACCCAAGCUCAUUCGCUCUGAUGUCGAACUCAUGAUGGCCAUUCAAGAAGAGUCAUUCCCUGGUGUCGAAUACAUCCCUGCGCCUCUUAACAAGUUGACUGAGGCUAUUCACAAGUGCGCCGCUGAGUCGAAGUUCGUGGUGAGCGAUUCUUGGAUGACUAAGAUCAUCCAACUUUAUCAGAUCCAGAAGCUGCACCACGGUGUAAUGAUGGUCGGGUCUUCCGGAUCCGGAAAGUCUGCUGCCUGGAGAACGCUUCUUUCUGCUCUUCAAGCCGUCGAGGGUGUAGAGGGCGUCUGUCACGUCAUCGACCCCAAGGUCAUGUCAAAGGAACAGCUUUACGGAACUCUUGAUAGCACCACACGCGAGUGGACUGACGGUCUCUUCACGAGUAUACUGCGCAAGAUCGUUGACAACCUUCGUGGUGAAGACACCAAGCGUCACUGGAUUGUGUUCGACGGAGAUGUUGACCCUGAGUGGGUCGAGAACUUGAACUCUGUGCUUGACGACAACAAGCUGCUUACCCUACCAAACGGAGAGCGUCUCAACUUACCAUCUAACGUUCGCAUCAUGUUCGAAGUUGAGACUUUGAAGUACGCCACUCUCGCUACUGUCUCCCGUUGUGGUAUGGUCUGGUUCAGCGACGACACCGUGGAGGUGGACAUGAUGAUCAAGAACUACAUUGAACACCUCAAGACCACGCCUUUCGAGGACAUUGAAGACGACUCGGUUGCUCCAGGUCAGAUGUCACAGAAGACAAUGACCACUCAGGGACUCAUCGCCGAUUUCCUGCAUAUCAAGCUCACCCAAGAUCGAUUCAUUGAGAAGGCCCUCAGCAUGGCUAGGAAGUUCAAGCAUAUCAUGGAGUAUACGGACAUUCGUGCGCUCAACACGCUGUUUUCUCUGCUCAACAAAGCAUGCCGCAACGUCCUGGAGUACAAUGUACAGCACCCAGACUUCUCUCUGGAAGAUGAUAAGAUGGAGACUUAUCUCGCGAAGAAGAUGCUUGUUGCUUUGGUGUGGGCUUUAGUCGGCGAUUGCCCUCUAAUGGAGCGCAAGCAAUUCGGAGACCUUAUCGCUGGCCUUACCGACGUUGAGCUCCCCACCCUUAACGAGUCUACCUCACUCAUCGAUUACGACGUCAAGCCUGACAAACCAGAGUGGGAUACUUGGCAAAGUCAGGUGCCGAAUGUUGAGGUCAACACCCACUCUGUCACUCAAACUGAUGUGGUUAUUCCCACGUUGGACACAGUCCGCCACGAGGAUGUUCUCUACUCUUGGCUUGCAGAACACAAGCCUUUGCUGCUUUGUGGUCCUCCAGGUUCUGGAAAGACCAUGACUCUGUUCAGCGCACUUCGAAAACUACCGAACAUGCAGGUCGUCGGUCUCAACUUCUCCAGUGCGACUACACCGGACCUUCUCAUCAAGACGUUCGAGCAAUACUGCGAGUACAAGAAGACCCUCAACGGUGUUCAGCUCACGCCUACUCAAGUUGGUCGCUGGUUAGUCAUAUUCUGUGACGAGAUCAAUUUGCCUGCACCCGAUAAGUACGGUACUCAGCGAGCCAUCUCCUUCUUGCGACAGCUGGUUGAGCACAACGGUUUCUGGAGGACGUCUGAUAAGACUUGGGUUACGCUCGAUCGCAUCCAGUUUGUUGGUGCUUGUAACCCCCCCACAGAUGCCGGACGUACGCCUAUGGGACUGAGGUUUUUGCGUCAUGCUCCACUCAUCAUGGUCGACUACCCUGGACAGCAGUCGCUUCUGCAAAUUUACGGUACCUUCAACACUGCCGUGCUCAAGAUCAUCCCGACCCUACGGGGAUAUGCAGAUGCUCUCACCAGGGCCAUGGUGCAGCUCUAUGCAGAGUCUCAAAAGCGCUUCACGCCAGACAUCCAACCGCAUUACGUUUACUCUCCCCGUGAACUUACUCGAUGGGUACGUGGUAUCUAUGAGGCCUUACGACCACUUGAGAGCUUGCCGAUUGAAGGUCUUGUCCGUAUCUGGGCACACGAGGCUCUACGCUUGUUCCAGGAUCGUCUUAUCGCAGAAGAAGAGAGGCAAUGGACUGAAGAAUGUGUCCACCGUAUUGCGGCUGAGCACUUCCCUACUAUCGAUGAGGAGAAGGCUCUCGGUGGCCCUAUCCUCUUCUCCAACUGGCUGUCCAAGAACUACGUGCCGGUCGAGCGCGAACAACUCCGAGAGUUCGUCAAGGCCCGUCUUCGAACUUUCUGCGAAGAAGAGGUGGAUGUGCCACUCAUCCUGUUUAACGACGUGCUCGAGCAUGUACUUCGUAUCGACCGUGUGUUCCGUCAACCACAAGGUCAUCUCAUUCUCAUCGGUGUUAGCGGCUCCGGAAAAACAACGCUGUCCCGCUUCGUCGCUUGGAUGAACGGUCUGAGCGUCUACCAGAUCAAGGUCCACGGAAAGUACUCUGGUGAGGACUUCGAUGAAGACUUGCGUACUGUUCUUCGACGAUGCGGUUGCAAGGGCGAGAAGAUCUGCUUCAUCAUGGACGAAGCCAAUGUUCUCGACUCUGGUUUCCUCGAACGCAUGAACACCCUCCUGGCCAAUGCGGAGGUUCCUGGUCUGUUCGAGGGUGACGAGUAUGCUUCUCUGCUUACUGCCAUCAAGGAGGGUGCACAGCGACAAGGCAUCAUUCUCGACUCACAGGAAGAGUUGUACAAGUGGUUCACUGAGCAGAUUGUCAAGAACCUGCAUGUGGUGUUCACCAUGAACCCACCCGAGGAAGGUCUCUCAUCGAAGGCGGCAACCAGUCCUGCCCUCUUCAACCGUUGCGUGCUCAACUGGUUCGGAGACUGGUCUGACCAAGCUCUGUACCAAGUCAGCUCCGAGCUUACACAGUCUGUCGACCUCGACCGCGCGAACUAUGUCGCGCCUGAUAGCAUCCCAGUCGCUUAUCGCGGACUUACUCUUCCGCCAUCUCAUCGCGAGAGCGUUGUCAAUGCCAUGGUCGCUGUACAUCACUCACUACGCAGCAAGAACGCGAAGUUGCAGAAGACACAAAACAGGAAGAUGUACCUUACGCCACGCCACUUCCUGGACUUCGUUGCCCAGUAUGUCAAGCUUUACAACGAGAAGCGCGAAGACCUCGAGGAACAGCAGCGCCAUCUCAACGUCGGUCUAGAGAAGCUUCGUGAGACAUUCGACAAGGUCAAGGAACUGCGAGCAAGCCUUGCCGAGAAGCAGACGCAGCUCACUAAAAAGGAUGCCGAAGCGAACGAGAAGCUGCAGCGCAUGAUUGCGGAUCAGAACGAGGCAGAACAGAAGAAAGCUGGAUCGAUCAAGAUGCAAGCUCAGCUUGCGAAGGACAAGGAGGAGAUCCAGAAGCGACAAGAAGUAGUAGAGCAUGACUUGGCGGCUGCCGAGCCGGCUGUUUUGGAGGCACAGAAGAGUGUGCAAAACAUCAAGCGACAACAUCUUACUGAAGUAAGAUCUAUGCAGAAUCCUCCCGCUGGUGUCAAGCUUGCGUUGGAGGCUGUAUGCACGAUUCUCGGACAUAAGCCCGACAGUUGGAAGACCAUCGUUUCCAUUGUUAGACGUGACGACUUCAUUGCCAGUAUUGUGCAGUUCGACAACGAGAGGCAGAUGACUGCAGCUCACCGCAGGAAGAUGCAGAAGGAAUACCUUUCCCAGGAGGAUUUCACUUUCGAGAAGGUCAACCGCGCUUCCAAAGCCUGCGGUCCCCUCGUUCAAUGGGUGUCUGCCCAAGUCACCUACUCUGAUAUCCUUGACCGAGUCGGACCUCUACGUGCUGAAGUCGACCAGCUGCAAGUAGAGUUACAGAAGACAGAGGAGGGUGCGAAGGAGACCCAGCUCCUCAUUCAGAACCUUGAAGAGAGUAUUGGCCGGUACAAGACUGAAUACGCCGCUUUGAUCAGCGAGACCCAGGCUAUCAAGACGGAGAUGUCAACCGUACAAUUCAAGGUUGAUCGCAGUGUACGACUUCUCGAUAGCUUGUCCUCUGAACGCGUUCGAUGGGAAGCGAGCAGCAAGUCUUUCGAUUCUCAGAUUGACACCAUUGUUGGUGACGUGUUGGUUGCGGCUGCAUUCAUUGCUUAUGCUGGUUACUACGAUCAACAGUACAGAAAGGCACUUACGGAGGAUUGGUACGAUCACCUCAAGCACUCUGGAAUCAGCUUCAAGCCAACAAACCCAUUCACGGAGUACCUUUCGACAGCUGAUGAUCGCCUGAACUGGCAACACAACGGCCUACCUGUGGACGACCUGUGCACUGAGAACGCCAUCGUCCUUCAGAGGUUCAACCGUUACCCGCUGAUCAUCGAUCCUUCUGGCAGGACCACAGAGUUCUUGCAGAACGAAUGCAAGGACCGCCGUCUCACGGUGACUAGCUUCUUGGAUGACUCGUUCACAAAGCAACUUGAGAGUUCUUUACGUUUCGGUAACCCAAUUCUGAUCCAGGAUGCCGAACAUCUGGAUCCUAUCCUCAACCAUGUUCUCAACAAGGAGUACCAGAAGACCGGAGGUCGUGUGCUCAUACAACUUGGCAAGCAGGAGAUUGACUUUUCGCCGUCGUUCCGCUUGUACCUCUCGACACGCGAUCCUUCCGCCAAUUUCCCUCCCGAUAUCUGCAGUCGUACCACAUUCGUCAACUUUACAGUCACGCAGAGCAGCUUGCAGACACAGACUCUCAACGAGGUCCUCAAAUCCGAGCGACCCGAUGUCGAUGAGCGCCGAUCCAACCUCAUCAAGAUGCAAGGAGAGUUUGCAGUCCAUCUUCGUCAGCUCGAGAAGCGACUGCUCCAAGCGCUCAAUGAGUCGCGCGGUAACAUUCUGGACGACGACCGCGUUAUCGAAACGCUCGAGACGCUAAAGAAGGAGGCCAAGGAUAUCUCGGACAAGGUUUCUGAGACAACUGGUGUCAUGACCGAGGUGGAGAAUAUCACUAAAGAGUACACCGUCGUUGCUCGUUCUUGUGCGGCUAUUUUCGCCGUGCUUGAGCAACUGCACCAUCUCAACCACUUCUACCAGUUCUCGCUCCAGUACUUUACUCAGAUCUUCGAGACUGUAUUGCGCAAGAUCCGCAACGGUUCUAUCACGGGCCAUGCUGCUCGCAUCGAGCAAAUUGUCACUGAGCUUUUCGUGGAUGCAUACCGCCGUACAUCGCUUUCCUUGCUACAGAAGGACCGCGUCACGUUUGCCAUGCUUCUCGUGCAGGCAGCGCCCUACAAAAUGGACAAGACACUCAUCGACCAAAUUCUUGACCCCGAUGUUAAGGGUAUCGAUGUCUCGACCGAGACUGAACGCAAGGAAGAGGCCAUGGAGCGUGCGAGCAAGAUCCCGAUGUUCAAGGAAGAGUUGGAGAAGAUCGAAGAUAGCGCUUGGGAUGCUUUCCUCAAUGAAGAGAUGGGAGAACGGCAGGUACCGCAGGCUUGGCCGGAAGAUCUUACCAAAUUCGACAAGCUCCUGCGAGCUCUCAUCCUCGUCAAGCUAUUCCGUGUGGAUCGCUUCGUACCUGCUGUCGAGCGCUUCGUCACUGAAGUAUUCGGCAAGGGUAUCCUAGAUGCCAGUGGUGAUCUGGGUGACAUCGUCAAGCAAGUCAACGCAGUCACGCCAGUGGCACUCAGUUCCAGCCCUGGAUUUGACGCAAGUUACAAGGUCGACAAUCUUGUAGAGAGGGAGCAAGUCAGCUGUUCGAAUAUCGCCAUGGGUUCCAACGAAGGUGCCGCAUCAGCUGACAAAGCCAUCGCCAAUGCCGCCACCACAGGCAACUGGGUUCUUGUCAAGAACGUUCAUCUCGCACCCCAAUGGUUGCAAUCGCUUGAGAAGCGUCUUGAAGCUCUUAAGCCCAACCCUGACUUCCGCCUCUUCCUGUCGAUGGAGUCCAGCCCGAAGAUCCCAGUCAAUCUUCUCCGCGCCUCUCGUGUUCUAUCGUACGAGCAGCCUGCUGGAGUUCGCGCCAACAUGAAAGACUCGCUCUCUUCGUUGGCUGAGAAGGCUACCAAACAGCCGGUGGAGAAGGCACGUGUCUACCUUCUCUUGUCCUUCCUCCACGCGGUCAUUCAAGAGCGUCUUCGAUACGCACCCACGCUGGGAUGGAAGGGCUUCUGGGAGUUUAACGACAGUGACUAUGAAUGCUGCAGUUUCAUCAUCGACACUUGGAUCGAUACCAUCGCUCAAGGCCGGUCCAACAUCGCCCCCACCAAGAUUCCAUGGGAGAUGCUUCGCAUUCUGAUCACAGAGAUGUAUGGCGGCAAGAUCGACGACGCAGAAGACUGGCGCAUUCUCGCUUCUCUCGUCGACGCCUGUAUGACACCCGCUGCGUUUGAAGACAACUUCAAGAUUGUCAAGGAUACCGAGCAUAGUGAGGGUCUUGAACUGCCUACCUCGACCAGCUGGAAGGACUUCAUGGGCUGGGUCAAUGACCUUCCUGAGCGCGAGCCACCUACUUAUCUCGGUCUGCCGGCGAAUGCGGAGAAGCUGUUGCUGGUGGGUCAGGCGAAUGAUAUGGUUGGUGGGCUGAAGAGGGUGUUGGAUAUGUUGGAUGAGGGGGAGCAGGUCAUGGCUGAGGCUGAGACGGAGGGUUAG